GAGAUCUUGGUCGUUCACGUGCUGAUGCCAAUCUCAGCCACGGUCCCCAGCAUCCUUUGGCAGGAGGACACCAAGGCGAGCUCCUCUACGCCUGGGCCUGGGCCUAUUCCAGAACUGCUCCCGUACGUGGACUCGCUGAUGAACCGCUUGAGGAGCAAGCUGUCCGAGUUGCAGCAGCAGGAGGCACAACACGCCAUCAAUGUGGAGGGCUCGCUGGAACUUGUCCGCCAACCGACCUCUCCGAAGAGCCCGACAAGGAGGCGGGCUUCAGACGUGGGGCCCAUGAACCCGGCGACAAUGCCUAUCCUCCCGACCGAGCUGUUGAAAUCCCAGUGGACACGGCAAUUGAGUUCAGACUCUGUCUGCUCGGAGCUUCCCGACUUGGCUGACCUAUGGGGUGCCAGAGAGCCGGUGAUGAUGGCGGGCUCCACUCUCAGCCUCGACUUCUUCGAGGGCUCCGCUGGUGCGCGGCGUCCGAGGGUGCUGGAGGUGGCGGAGAACCGCUGCAGGAACCUGGCGAGAGUGCUGAGUGAAAGCGUCUUCUCAGGUAUCCACUUUGUGCCUCGCUUCGGAGCCUCGAUUUCGCUUCCAUACGAACUGUUGAAGUUCGGAGAGGAGGUCUUGGAGAAGGAGAGUGAGGAGCUGGUAAUGCAGUGGAAGUGGGGUGAUCGACACCAUCGAAAGGACAAGUUCUAUGAGGUGCCGUUCAUGAUCUUGGAUCCGGACGAGGUGGACUGCCCCAUCGCCUACAUGUCACAAGGUCUCGAGGACCUGACUGGCUACUUCCGAGCUUGGGCCUUGGGACGGCACUUCCGGUUCCUGCUGCUCCCGGAUGCUCUGCAAAACCGGGUCUUCAAUGGCCAGGCAUGUCUGGGUGCAGGCCGGGCCGCUGAGGAGCCUUGCAACAUCAACGCAGAUCCCUCCAUCCUGGAUCCGACUGCAGACUUCUGUGUAAAGCACUUCAUUUUCGUGGUGGUCCGCCCGCUCUAUACGCAGAUGCCGGCGCUAGAGGAUCUGCUGACCAUGGAUGCCCUUGAGACGAAUCUGGAGCUUGGGGCCCACCUUCGGAAGAUGCUUUUGGAGAGGUCUCAUAACGUGGCGUUGAAGGAGCGUGAGGCGAUCUCAACUUUGGACACUGUGGUCCCAGAAUGGCUGCUCAAGAAUGGCCAGGGUGUUCCGAGCUGCAUGGUUGGCUGGCAUUUCGUGGCACGAAUUGGCUUAGCGGCGGUCCGGGACUUCCAAGGCAGCUGGUCGCGCUUGGCCAAGACCCUUUUCAAGCUCAAUCCCGAGCCCACCGGGACGAAUUUGAUGGAGCAGAGCAUCAACGAUGAGGAGGAUGGACUGCUUUGUUGGGUGGCGGACGCUUCCUGCUGGGUGGAGGACACUUCGACAGACCGCAAGAUGGGCCUCCCACUUGUCUUCAUCAGUCAGUCCCUCCAGAAGUUGACGGGCUACUCCAGCGAGUUUGCACUGGCUCGGAACGUGCAGCUCUUUCAGCCGCUGCCCAAGAUUUGA